CAAACGAUUAUUGAAGAUUUGCAGAUAUUUCCAGAACGCAUUUCUGCUUAAAAUGCGUCGUUUAUUAGCCCUGUUUAUGUGUGUUUUGCGGCUUCUUCCGGAGACUUGGGGGAAGACUGUGACGGGAGUUUUUAAGAGCGAAGUGGCCAGGGAAAGAUAUGGCCAGUACAUCACUAAAUUCAUGUUUGGAGGUGACAGUGGGUUGCUGGUUUGCCGGUUGGAUAAUGCUGCUUUGGCAAUGGAGCAAGAAGCCAAACUUCUGUUAUAUCUAGAGAUGCAGCCAGACCAGGAGACACUGAGCUGCUCUGAAAAGCUUGCACGUGCCCAGUUUACAAUUUACCUGAAACACGACGAGCACAACCAGACCAUCCCAAAACAGUCUUCCCCCUCUCUAUGGCACAUCCUGUACUCAGACAGAUACACCUGCCAGGAGUCUGUGCCGCUCCCCUCUCACCCUGAUGUCCAGUACACAAUCCUCCUGUUUAACCCAGACUCUGCUGGGAACCCACUGGACCAUUUCAGCUCAGAGGAAGCAGGCCUGCUCAGUUUCUACUUUGUGCUGCUGCUGGCGUACUUCGUGGCCUGUUGUAUCUAUGUGCAGCCUCUGGUCCAGGCUCUGAGGAAGGGCGGGCCCAUGCACACAGUGCUCACUGUCCUCACUGUGGCUUUGGCACUACAGGGACUGUCUGCUCUCUGCAACUACACACACCUGUCCAGAUAUUCAAGAGAUGGAAUUGGCCUCCCUUUCAUGGGCAGCCUGGCAGAGUUGUGGGACAUGAUAGCACAGGUCUCCAUGCUGUUCAUGCUGCUGAGCCUCUGUAUGGGCUGGACUCUGUCUCGAAGGAAGCCUCAGUCCAGACCUCUGCAGUGGGAGCAGACGCCCACCUCCACAGCCGUCGCUGUGGGUGCCGUCAUCACACAGGGGGUUUUGCUGUUGUGGGAGCAGAUCUCGGAGGCGGACAGUGAGCACCACAGUUUCCACGCUCAGAGGAGUGUCCCCGGGUUGCUGCUGCUCCUCCUCAGGGUGCUGAUGGCUCUGGUGCUGGCUUCAGUCCUGUAUCAAAUCACCUCAACCGAACGCAGCACUCUGAAACGGGACUUCUACAUCAGCUUCACCAAGGGCUGUUUCCUGUGGUUCUUGUGUCAUCCGGUGCUCGUCUUCAUAUCAGCCAUUUUCAACGACCAUCAGAGAGAAAAGGUGAUCACUAUCGGUGUAAUACUUUGCCAGUCUAUAUCUGUCGUUAUCCUUUAUCAACUUUUCCUCUCAAGAUCUUUGUACUGGGAAGUCUCCUCUCUUUCUUCAGCAUCUCUACCUUUAACCAUGUCUCGGACCAACCAUAGGGGGCGCUAUUGAGAACCUUCGGGAUGGAUUAUAAAGUUACUGUUUUUGAACUACGAGACAUUGCUACCUCAGUGCAAUGCAAGAUUUGUAGCAAUGGACUUCUGUGCAGCACAAAUCUUGCAACAACUUUCAAAUACGUGUUUUGAAAUGUUAAAGUGGUAGCAAAAAUAGAAGGGAGUGGUGCAAAAGAGAGCUACAGAGCAAAUGCAUAAAGAAUAAUAUUUAGUUUUGAUAAUCAAUAGAGAAAGUUAGCUGGAUGAAAUUUGACCUGUCACGUUUACAAGAGUCAGU